AGGCAUUUCACAGAAGGGUGGCAAAACAUAAUGUGACAUCAGUUGAAAUAUAGAGAUAGGCAACAAGUAGCUAUGAAGUUUGGACAAAUAGGUAAAAGAGGCACAUUAGAAAAUGUCAUCGGUUGAAAUGCAAAGAGGGAAUUCCAGACAAUAGAGCCUAGGCAGCUGAAUGCAUGUCCACCACGGGUGAAGCAGUUCUCAUCAGAGAUGCUGAAAUACAGAGCUGGAGGAACCUGGAAGGAAUGCACUCCUCUUGCUCUGACCAUUCCUGUCAAUCUGCACGCUUUUGUUGCUGAAAGAUCAGCGUUCGCAGCGUUUCUGUUUGGAAACAGAUUUUAUAAAGUGACAACCCUUUUAAAGUGUUGGUUUAGAGGACCAAAAGUUAAUCAUUGCAAGCAUACAUUUUCAUUCGUUAGGAAAUGAGCUCGGGGGGGAUGCACGUGUCUGAACAUUGCUGGGACGUGAGAAACUGAAAUGAUGCCAGAAGCUGCUGUGCCCGCUCGAGUGGCCGCACACAACCCCAGAGACUCGGAGGAAUUCACUGUUUGUUUGUUGUUCUUCGCGUCCUUGAACAUUUGACGAGUACGUGACAGCUCGAAGCUGAAAAUCCUUACAAAACAUCUAAACAUAACAUCUUACGUCAACGCAUCGUUUCAAUUCCUGGAUGGCAACCCUGUUUAACAUGUUUAAUUCCAUCGACUUCCAGCCCGGAUUUGGAAACCUACAACACAAGCUGCCCAGAAGACAACAACACCGGAUUUAGGAAACGGAGCCGGUGAAAAACAUGUGGGCACACGCCUGAUAAAAGGCAGCGUGCUGCGGCUCAGUGCAGACGGCCAGUGCAACUACAACUCUGGAGAGAUGGCUAGGGCUAGCGUUGCUUGCUUAUUGCUCCUUUUCACUGGGCUCACGGUGCAAGGCUUCACUCUGAAGUAUGCCGUUGACUGUUCGUACCCGUGUGAACGGACCGCCGCGUGUCCCGGGACGGCGGGCUGUAAAAGGACCGUACUGGAUGACUGCGGCUGCUGCAAGGUGUGUGCAGCCGCCAGGGGAGAGGUGUGUUACCGCACUGUGGCCGGAAUGGAUGGGGUUAAAUGCGGACCGGGCUUACGGUGCCAUUUUAACAGCGAAGAAGACGACUUCGGAGAUGAAUAUGGUAUUUGCAGAGACUGCCCCUUUGGAACCUAUGGCCUGGAGUGCAGGAAGCAGUGUCAGUGUCCGUUUGGGAUCUGUAACAGGGAGACUGGCCAGUGCAUGAAGUUCCCGUUCUUUCAAAUCCCUGAAACAAAACCUGGAAACCGGAGGGAAUCUGCGUCUCUACCAGAAAUCGAGCAAGGAUCGGGACACAGCAGUGAGGACCUGAAGCAGAAUCUUCUUCAGGAUGAAACAAAUAGCUCUAUCGGAGAGGAAGGACAAACCCCCCGCUAAUGUUUGCCCAGAUUUCGAUCUGAAAUGAGUUCUGUUGGAACUCAUUGUAUAAUGCAAUUCUUGGAUGUUGUAUUGAAACACGCGCCUAUGUGGACUAUGAAAUGUUGUUUGUACAGAAGCACUAUUUUGUUAAUAAUUGACAUUCUUAACUUUAUUAUAUUUUGUAGAAAGUGCCUUAAAACAUUGUGUGUCAUCCACGGUCCCAAAGGAUAAGGUUUCAGAGCAUGGAUCUGCCCGCCAUAGCAGAUGUAGCUUUUAAGAACUUUGAUUUCUGUGUUUAUGCCAACACGCUCCUUUCAUCUUACACAUAUUAAAAUUCAGUGGAAGCCAGGCCUGACUUAAAUACGAACUGACAUUCAGGAAAGCACUUCCAGCACCUUGACUCCAUUUCUGAGCAUGGUUUGGGGAAAGCUAGACAUUGAACAGGGAGUCUCAGUUACCACUCCCAAAGCUAUUUUUCUCUCCUAUUAUGUCAUUAUAGUUUAGCAUCUCACCCACAACACUGUCCUCAAUUCCACUUAAAACCUACUGUGCUUGUUUAAUCUAAGUUUGUUUUUAAUAGUAUGCAUGUCUUAUCUCUUUCCAAGCAUUCCCAUUGAAGCCUCCUUAUCCUUUGCCUCAUCCAUUUUCAGGUCUAUCCUCAUUCCCCUCAGCUCUUUUCCCAUUUGGAAUCCCAAUUUUCUAAACUACAAGUUUGUUAUUACUAAUUGUUUCUUAUUUCAAUUUUUAAAUUUGUUUAGGUAGUGUCCCAAUCUACAAACUUAGCCUUAGCUUCUCCAUUUAAAAAGAAAUCAAUGUGCAUGCAAAUUGGCAAAGAUAGUUAAUAGAGAACAGCUUUGCCUCAGAAAAUGUAGCCACAAGAUUGUAUGUAAAAUUGCUGACAAUAGUCAACUUUGUUCCUUUAUAAUGCAUUGCCAUCUUCUGCAUUUCAUAAUCUGUAAUUAGCUGUUUUAUUCGGCCAUAUAUUGUACCAGCCUCCAGACCAUUCAUUAAUUAGCAAAUAACAUUCAUUCUUACUGUUAAAAUAUUGUAAAACCAGAUAUGUCUUUCAAAAAUAAAAUGUGUAUAUAUAGUAAAAUAUUAGAUACUAUUCAUUGUUGUUGAAACUCCAUGUUCCUUAAUAGAGAACAAACAUUUGAAUUUAUUUUUGUGCUUCACUAUGUAUAUAUUGUCAAAACUAGCAUAGGUGUGCAGAGAAGGCACUGUUAUCUUUACUAAAUGAACAGGUAAAAAUGAAAAUGCACAAUAUGUCUUUGAAUACUUGAAAGUCAAAGAUUGGUUGAUUUUUUUUCAGAUGGGAAUAUAUCCUGAAGAGAUUCCACUAAAAUGUUAACCAUCUUUUCAAUGUUAAAUGCCCAAUGAAAAGUGGUGCCUUUCCAUCUCAUCUGAUUUUAUUUAAAUGCUCCUCAUUCAACUUUUUAUUUACUAAAUUGUUUUCAGAAAAAUGUAGCUAUCAUAUAAAAGAGCUGAAUAUAUUGUGGCGUUGCAUGUAUUUUAUGUAGAAAAAGAUGUGAAUAAAUUCAAAUUCAUCCUGAAGGGGCAUGGAUUAUAGAAAUAAAAC